AUGGACUGCGGGAGUGCUGAUAAUGCGCCGGGCGUCGAUCCCAACAGUAUCCUCAGCUCGUGGGAUUUCACCAGCAACACCUUUUCCGAUUUGACCUGGGACCAGAACACCUUUGACAACCUGCCAGAACUAGAUUCGUACCAGGAUUCUAAUGAAGGUGAUGCCGAACUAUUCGAUUUCCUCUCUGCUCAGGGCCCGCCCAGUCGCGACAGCCUUGACCCCUCGGUCAUCGACGCGACAAGUCUGGACUUGAGCAACGCUUCAGUAGGUGUUACCGAUGGCGUCAACUUUGUGGGAGGAACCUUUAGUCCGCGAACACAUCAAUCCGUCGACGACAACUUGCUCUCCGACAAUGCGUGGUCGCAAUUUCAACUUUCCCAUUCCAAUGGCUUGGUGAUGCCAUCGGACUCGGUCUAUUCGAACCAAUACCCAAAAAAUACGCUCGGACGGAGUGCGACCGUGAUUGUCGACGAUGGCGAGCGGGGAAUGGACGCUGGACUGACAAACUAUCAGCGGGCACGUAGCUUGUCUGCCUAUCAACGACUGCGCCAGUCUGUAUCAUACAACAGUGUCAAUCACAACAAACAACAUGGAUGGCGUAACUCUGUCAGCUAUCCAACCUCGUUCGCUCCGACGCAGUUCCCUAUAUCACCGCCACUGGAAGCUCAGUCGGAAACAUCGAUGACGAGCGCAUCACUGAAUCAACAAUGGUUCCCCAACACCGACAUGUCGGUUGGGUCUUUUGCCGUCCUGCCGCACGAUGUGUCCGUCUACAGCCGACCUCAACAGGCCAAGCCGGAACCUCAGACGGGAUCAAGAAGCCCUUCAAUACACAGUAACGGUAUUGCUGUGUCUGUUGAUUUGAACAGUAUAGCAAGCAACGGGUUACCUUUAAGCACUGAUAACAGUGUGAAAGACGAGCAAAUAAUUAUACAAUGGGAUGAACCAGUCUCACCCGAGAAGUCCCUGGAAUCAUCACCCGAGUUUCCCAAAGUCAAUGGGUUCAUGGUUAGUGAGGAUACUUCUGACAUCCCACAAAUGUCGCUCGAGCAGGAGCGACGAAGCCAUGUCGGUUCUCGACAUACGCCAUCAGCAUUCCAACCAGCUUCAGUAGCACGCAAGCGCAAACAGAGGAACUCUUCUAUUGUCAACAUUGACCAGAUCCAGCAACCAAGACCUUUACAGAUUGUCCAAGAAGAUGGAUUGGGAGGGGCUAUAUCGUCCGAAGACUUUGUAUGCCCCCCUCGAGGUGCUCGCCGGAAGGGUCCUUUGACCAUUGUGGGCAGGGCCAAUGCCGGCUUAAGGCGGAAGAAUAAAGAUACAUGUGUUCAAUGUCGAUUGAACAAACGAAAGUGCGAUGGCAACGCACCAUGCGAUGCUUGUCGUCCUACCCUACAAGAGCAGCCUUGUGCCCGUGCAUGCUUUGCUAGUAUUGUCGAGUACGGGACUUGCAACUAUAUUUCACAACGAGCAAUCAAUCAUGUCACAUCCACGGCAGGCGAUCACCGGGUCCGAAUUGAGAUUCCUUCAGCAUUUGACCUCCAUGAACUGCUUAAUUUCCUCGGCGAGCGCCGCGGUAAAUUCAAUAUCCGCGCCAGCCAAUCUUGGGGAUCUCUCUACGUACUUGACCUUGGGGAAACAUACAAAUUCCUCAAGAGUCUCAGCGAGUACAAUGACAAUUCUCAGUCGACAUUUUUAGAGUUCAUCGACCAUCGUGUCAUUGACUCCAAGGAUAAGACCAAAAAUUGGCUUAGCUGCGUAAAGGACUGUGACCCCAUGAAUAAUGUCUAUAAACUGCUGUCCCAAUGGAACAACAUGCCAAGCCGCGCAUCGUACAGUUUCGUUGCUUUGGACGGAUCUUCCAACGACAAACUAAUGGAUGUGUCCAACAACCAAGACCGUCGUGAUAUUUUACUAGCAGCUCAAUUGUCUCGGAUUUUCUGUCGAUUACUUGAAGUCGAGGGUUUCCGCAAACUAGAACGUGAUUUCUACAACAUUAAGUGGAAGCGAAUCUCUUUGGAUGCCCAUAUCCGAUUCUUGGAAGAACUGGGCAACAUCCUCCUGUCUCUACGCUGGCGUGUGUCAUGGUGGAAGCGACUCGGUGAUGGCGGCAAGGAGCCAGAUCCCAGCCAGCAGCACUACAUCGACCGCGUCGAACUCCUCUGUCGAAUCCUAUACGUCUACUAUACUAGCGUUCUCACCAAACUUCCUGCUUGGUCGGCCACCGACAACUUGAAAGGCAAGUACUCGCGGUACGCAGAUACCGAGCAGGAGAUCUGGGAUAACUUCCCCGAAGAUCCCAGUGAGGACGGAUUCCAGCGAUGGAUGGCGCAGGGUCAGGAGCUCAUCGAGCAGGCCGGUAGCCCCGUUCGGGUAGCCACCAAGAUCACCAAAGUUUGA